UCUAGUUGUCUGUUCGUUUACUAGAAAAAGUCUUUACUAUUUUUGUGUCUAAAAGAAUUGUGCGUGUUUACCAUGCUUAACCGUAGGAUAUUUAGAAUGCUUACUAUAAUUAUGUUGUUAUUUCUGUCCAUCUGUCUGUUGUGGUGGCUGACAUUACGACCGUCUGUUGAUGGGAUUUUACUUCAGUCUCUGAUCACAAAGAAUGCAAGUUUUCCAAUUAUAAAACCUAGUAUUACGCCAAGACUUAUCAAAACGAAGCUAUUUGUACUGGUAAUUGUUUCUUCUGCUCCUGCUGGCGUGAGUAUUGAAAGACGACAUGUUAUCAGAAAUACUUGGGGCAAUUUUGACUUGUACAAUGGUCCAAGAACAUGGAAGGUGGUAUUCAUGUCUGGUAGAACUGGCGAUGAAGAAAAAGACAAGACACUGUUUUCUGAAAGUAAAAAAUAUGGAGAUAUUUUAAUAUGUGACUACAAAGAUGAUUACAGCAAGAUAACUACAAAGCUAUUGUCUUCCUUUCAAUGGGCUGCCAGUGUUAAAGAUUUGUAUGGGUUUGAAUAUUUAUUGAAAACAGAUGAUGACAUCUACAUAAGUAUUCCAAGACUAUACCAAUGGAUAGACACUAAAGGAGUUACGAUGAAUCAUGUAUAUGCAGGCAACACAUAUUCUAAUUAUGUUGUGAGAGAGAAAAAUCACCGUCAUUAUGUUAGUAAAGAAGAUCUCCCUUAUGACAUAUACCCUACCUUUUGCAAGGGGUCAAUGCUCCUGCUAUCUGGGUCACUCAUUCCUAAGAUUGUCAAGUUAGCAAGGAAAGUCAAGAGAAUCGUUCCUGAUGAUGCUUAUGUUGGACUGCUAAUGAAUGAAUUGAAUGUUAAAGCUGUGCAGAUGAAAGGACUGGUACAGCAUUCCUUCUUGUCCUAUUUUCUCCCAUUACUAGGGCCAUGUCACUUCCAAAAUGUUAUAGGAAUGGGUGAUUCCUUAACAACACAGCAAAUGUUUCACCUUCACAAACAAAUGUUUUUCAAAAUCCAAGACAAGUCUUCAUGGCUUUGCAUCCAACGCUGGCUAAAAUUACUUUUUGCAACAAUGUUUUUAUUUAUUCUUUAUUCCCUUUUUCUAAAGUCUAGAUUUCUAUCAAUGUGUAAGGCUGUAUGUAAGUUAACCAAAGUGUUACGUGUAGUACCAGCAAGGCAUUGGGCAAAAAAGAAAAGCAACUAUAACAAUUAGAAGAAAAUUUUAAUAUUUAUGACAUUACUGAGUAAGAGACUGUGAUAUAGCUAGCAGUAAUAUUCUUUAUUUGUCCAAACUCAUUCAUUAAGCACCGUAUAGGUGUGCAAAAUUUAUUUUGGUUGAUUGUUACUUAAAUUGCCAUAAACCAGAAAUCUAUCUGACAUUCCAAUAAUAAAAGGUGGUUGGCACAUCAAAUCACUAUGACAAUGCCUAUUAUAAACAUUACUAGGUGAACAUGACAUAUGUAGGACUAACGUCUGAAACGUCAGUCUAUUAUCUUUCGUAUUUACAGUGAUAAAAUUAUCCACUACGACACAUUUGUUUCAACUAAAAAACACUGACGCAGUCCAAACUAGUUCCAAAACUAGUCGUUAUCUACAUAUUUAUGACAUAUAUGAAGCCUGUCUAAGUAUUCAGAUAUCAAGAUCAUCAUCUGGAUCAUCCUCAUCAAAGUCAUCAACAUCAUCUGGUUGAUAGAAUAUCUGACUCUCUUUUCCUGCCAAAGGUUCAGAGGUGUUUGUAUGGUGCAUGUAAGGUAACUGUGUAUUGGCUCUUGCUUGCUCUUCUUGCUUCGUGAGUUUUAAAUUAAAUGGAAGAUUAGCAGUU